CAUUCUGCUGUGUCCUACCGUUGAAUAUUCAAACUGGACUAUAACCGACUAACAUGUCCACAGCACCAGAGGAAGCAAAAUAUGUUCUUGGGGACAGCGCCCCCGAGAAAGUUAGAUUGACCUCUCAGUAUCUCAUGGCGAAGAAAAUUCUGGGCCGCACAUCACCUCUUCCAUCGUGCAUCGACAUCAACUCUGUCUCCAGUGUCCUUGACAUUGCGGCAGGAACCUGUAUCUGGACUUUAGACCUCGCCAAACUUCCUGAAGUCACUUCACGCCUCGCCAAUGCCAGCACUUCUACUGGACAAUCUCGCGAUCCAAAGGCCCCUUUGCAACUAUGGGCGUGCGAUAUCAGUACGGCGAAGUUCCCUGAGAAGGAAAUCGCGGACAGUGUGGGUCUCAAGACGUUCGAGCAAGAUGUGACCAAGCCAUUCCCUUCCGAGUUGUACGGCACAUUCGAUUUGGUGCAUAUGACGCUACUGGUGUACGCUUUGACGGAAGACGGAUGGAAGAAGGCUCUACAGAACUGUAAGGAUCUACUGACACCUGGUGGGCAUCUCAUCUUGAGUGAGACCGAUGCCGUCUUCUACACGGAAAGUGCCCCUCCACCCACACCCAGUGAGCGGCAUGACUUUGCGGCCGCCAUGAAUGGCCCCACAUGGAGACAUAAAUGGAACACUAUGUUUACGGGCGGCGCGCUCAGUAACGGCUUCAUCACUGACCUCUCCUAUCGCCUUCCGGACCUCCUGAAUGACAUCUCUCUUCCCAUCAUCCACUCGACGAGAGGCAUUUCGCCGUUCGGCAAGCUUUGCCACGUCUACAAGGGUCUUGACGGUGGUUCACUGGCAUCAGAGGCAGACUUCUCGCUUGAGAACUUUGACUUGGUGUUGGAAGUAUUAUCCCAGUCGAUGUUGAAGCGUGGGGUGCUCGAGGCGCCCCAAGGAACAAAGAUAGAGACCGAAGAGGGGAGGAAGCUUCUGGUUCAGGAGAUUCGGGAUGGGAUCAAGGAGGAAGGUGCAUGCAUCAUCGCCUGCGAGUUGGUAGCCCAGAAACCAUGAGUAGUUAGUCGCAGUACGAGCAGAGGUGUAUCGUUGGAGUUUCAUGCAUGCUUCAUUGUAAU